AUGAGUAAAUUACUUAUUCCAAAGACAGUUACAUCAAUUGAAGGUGGCGCAUUUUAUGAUUCUCAUAUUGAUACUCUAGAAUUUGAAAAAGAUUCUCAAUUGACUAGUUUGACAACUUCAUCAUUACAAUAUAUUUAUUCUCAACGAAUUAUUCUUUCAAACUCAUUGGAAGAAAUUCAAUCUAAUGCAAUUUAUUCAAAUAGUCAACAUUUUAAUAUUUCAUUCAUAACUCCAAGAACAAAAAUUUUAACAAUUCAAUCGAAUGGGAUUUCAGACACAAGCAUUGAAACAUUUGCAAUUCCAUCCGGAACAACAUUAAAAGCUAAUGCAUUAAAUCCGUCUAAUUCUCUUCAAUCAGUUACAAUUUCAGAAAAUGUUCAUCUAGAAGAUAAUUGUUUUUCAGGAUGUCCAAAUAUAGAAUCCUUUUUUAUUCUAGACAACAAUAUACAUUUCAAAGAUGGAUUUCUAACAGAAGGAAAUAAAUUAAUACAUAUUUCACGAAGCACAUCAACUAGUUUUGAUGCAAGUUCUCUUUCAUCUAUUUAUUUCAAAAGAUAA